AUGAAUAACCGACCGAUGUUCUUGGUCGCCGUUCCACGGAUGCCUUCGCCUGGCAUCGUCCGCAGCGCCGAAGGCGCCGCAAAAGGUCAGAAACGCCCAUCGCGCGCCGACGUUAUAAAACCGUGGGGCGUGCUGUGAAGACGCUCGAAGAUCCCACACUCGAGAUUACGGGAUCACUCCUCGGGAAGGGGGGAUUAUUUGCGGGAUGGGGAACAGGUGUAAGGAACGUUGGGAGAAAGUUGUUCGGCGAGGCGUUUCCGUAUGACAAUCUGUUUGUUUAUGAAUAUAAUUGUGUAAGCAUAAACAAACUACAGUAGGCAUUUGGAGAGGUUGUGCUAUGAGGGAUCAAGAGGAUUUGCGAUAUAUUUUUUUUUGAUGGCUUUAGGCAUUUCUUUGCGAAUAAAAGUAAUGGACCUUGCCUAUAGUUCCACAGGGCCUUUCCGAAACAACCAAUUUUCAAAGUUAUCCGCGGCAACCUAAGGCUGAAAUUAUCUUAAAAAAAUGUAGUUCUAAAACACCCUUUAUAUGGUUUCUCUUACUCAGCGUUACAUAUACUUCACUGUUAAUCAAACAUUUUUCAACACGCAUUUUUGAAUAUUUUUUGGCAUCGAUUUUCCUUAACUAUAAUUCCGUGCUUUUCAGAACACAAAAUGUUUCGAUCGGCCCUUAAAUUUUUCUUCUUCUUCAUGCUGGUCCUCGCUGUUAUGGGAAACCGAGCGAAAAGAGGUAAUCAGCUCUCCCAAUAACCCUAAAGUAUCAUCGUAUUUUAGCUGAGGCCCCUGCCUUCCUCCAAGCCGAUUCGUUAAACGAAAUUCCCGAAUCCGAAGCCAGCGGCGAAGCCCCUUCCGACUCCACUUUCCUCCGCGACGAAGGCCGAUUAGAAGGAUCUGGCGCCGAAAUCGAAGCCUCAGGGCAAGAAUAA